UACGUGACUUUCCUGGAUGUGAAUAUACUCUACAAGAAAAAGUGCAGCUGAUCAAAAAGUUGAUAUGUGUGACACUUGGAUGCACCUGCUCAUUGUUUAUCUUAUCAUUGAGCUAAAAAAAAUAGAAUUACAUACCUAUUAGAGGUGAAAUAGCAAGCCUCUUUAGUGUAUAUAAAUAACCGAUUUAGACACAGCAGUUCAGUUGUUACAACGUCGGGAGUUUGAAUAGAUCAUCAUGAGUUUAGUUGGUAAAGUUGUUAUUGUAACCGGAGCGAGUUCUGGCAUCGGUGCCGCCGCAGCUGUUGAAUUUGCCAAGCAGGGUUCCAAAGUGGUGAUCACAGGACGAAAUGAAGCAAAUCUGAAGGCUACUGAGGCGGCCUGUAAAGCAGCCAACAGCAAAGUGGAAAUAUUACUCAUCGUCGCCGAUGUAACGACAGAUGCCGAGAAGAUUAUCAAAGCAACAAUUGACAAGUUUGGACAGUUGGAUGUGUUGGUGAAUAAUGCCGGUUAUGGUGAAAUGGGUUCAAUCUUGGAUAUUAACGUCGAUCAAUUUGAUCGUGUCAUGAAUACAAAUUUGCGCUCGGUCUUCCUACUGACUAAAUACGCCGCACCACAUCUCGUGAAGACCCAAGGUAAUAUAGUGAAUGUCUCCAGCGUCGCAGGAUUGCGUUCGUUCCCUACUUCUUCGGUUUAUUGCACCUCCAAGGCAGCACUGGAUCAAUUCACCAGAUGUAUCGCCUUGGAUUUGGCGCCGAAAAAUGUGCGUGUAAAUGCCGUAAAUCCUGGUACGAUUGUGACAGAAUUCCAUAAGCGUAUUGGCUUGACAGAAGCAGAGUAUGUUAAAUUUUUGGAGCAUGCAAAGUCGACGCAUGCUUUGGGUCGCGUCGGUGCUGCAAAGGAAGUUGCUGAUGCCAUUAUUUUCUUAGCCAGUGACAGUUCGAGCUUUAUAACGGGCGCAACUCUGCCAAUCGAUGGUGGCAGACAUGCCAUGUGUCCACGUUAGUAUUCCUGAGAAUAAAUAGUUAUAAAAAAAUAAAAAAAAAUAUGCUUGAAAAUAAUUAUUUGACUGAAUAAAAGGAUAUAAAAUUUAUGUAGAAUAAUAAUAAA